UUGGAUUUCACCUCAGUUGAAAUUUUUCAAGCAAAUAGAAAUGACGAAAUAUAAUUUUUUGCUAAGUGCUGCAGCGCUAUUUUUACUAAUUCUUUGUAAUAUUAAUUCGGGAACAGCAAGUAAAUUUGAUGGAACCGAACUAUAUAGUGUGUCACCGCAGUCGCAAUCAGCUGAUGACAAGUCAAUUUCUUUUGUAAAAUUACGUCACAAACGACAGGCGCAGACGAUUUAUUCAAAAAACCAGUAUGAAAGUGUAUCACAGAAUACCAAUACAAAUGGCAGUGAUGCUCAGAAACCCGUGGAAACGGCAACAACAUCGAACAUAUCAUCCAUUGUAGUGGCAUACAAUGCAGCCAACAAACCCCUAUUGGGAGUAAAUGGUACAGGCCAAAGGCAAGAAUCUGGCGUACAGCUGUCACAGCCGAAGACCACAGUAGUCUCUGAUCCUAUUCAGCCGUCUCUUGGUGCUGCGGCUGGUGUACUAGCUGCAGGCAACAAGUCCACCUCAGUGCAGGAAAAUGGCAGCACUGAUCAAUCGACUGAAACGCCCGAGGAAAAAGUUAUUGAUAAUGUAGAUGUGCCGGAUAAUGAAACGAUUAGUGAAAUAGAAAAAACCAACUACACCGUCAACGCUACUAAUGAUCAUCACAUCUACUAUAACAGCUCAAUAUAUAUUGAUAGUGCGGAAGCAGAUCAGGUUUGGGAGCAAAUCAAGAAUACAGCGCACAAUUCAAUGCUAUCGCAGUCCCACCGACGAGCUAUGACCGUUGAGUUGAGCUUCGAUUUUCCUUUCUAUGGUCAUCCUGUACGGAACGUUACAGUGGCAACAGGUGGUUUCCUCUACACUGGUGAUUACGUGCACUCCUGGUUGGCAGCAACACAAUACAUUGCACCCUUAAUGGCUAACUUCGACACAAGUUUAUCAAAUGAAUCCUAUGUACGAGUUAAAGACAAUGGCACUGCAUUCACUGUGAUUUGGGAGAAAGUCUCAUUGCAAGAUAAACAAGAUGUGGGAAAGUUCACGUUUAGCGCGACUUUGCAUAAAAACGGUGAUAUUGUUUUCAUCUACUAUUAUGUUCCAAUUGACAUUAAUGCCAUCCAAGAUGAUAAGCAUCCCGUCAAAGUAGGUCUCUCCGAUGCUUACAUAAUUGACAAAACUGUGUUCUAUACACGCAGGAAAACAAUUUAUGAAUACCAUCGUAUAAAUUUAUCAAAUACCGGCAUAUCAAAUUCAACAAUCAUUUAUUUGAAAGCUUUGCCCAGUUGCCUUGAUUACAAAGACUGUGCGGCUUGCAGUAACCACAAGACUUCAUUUGAUUGCGCUUGGUGUCCAACUUUAAACAGAUGUUCGACCGGCACAGACCGCAGGAAACAAGAAUGGCAACACAAGGGUUGUGAUCGCACACAAAUUAUGGACGCAUCUGCGUGCCCCCCUCUGGGCCAGAAGGGAAACAAUGCGAAUCAAGGAACUAGCAAUAGUAGCUCCAACGGCAGCACCAAUAACACUACACCAGUAAAUUUGCCAAGUGAUAGUGUAAACAACAAAAAUGACCCCCAGAAAAUAAAUGAAAACAGUGAGCAUGCAAGUGAAACAAAUAGUGCCACUGUUACGCCGGUGCACGAUGACAACCACGCGGCGAAAGUAGUGAACGAAGUUUUAGAAGCACACUCUGAGUCGAAAAGCAUGGGGCUUGCUCUUGGCUUCCUGGUGCCCAUCUGUCUAGUGCUAACUGUGCUUCUAUGGGUGUUUUAUGCAUACAGAAAUCCGCACACCAAAAGCGGACAACUCUUAAUUCAGUCGAAGCACUUGCAUCAGUACCGCCCAAGUCAAUGGUCAUGGCGACGUGGAGAGGCGCGUUACACAGCCGCAACGAUUCACAUGUAAUGUAUAAAUUUUCCUUUCCCCCCUCCUUCUCCCGCGUCUCUGGAUGCCUCAAGUAAAUUCUUUUAAAUUUUGCUGCAUUGUUCGGAGCGACUUAGACAUUUCGUUAAUAAUUAAAUUUUUAUCUUUGUCAUUUUAUUAUUGAAAACGUUAUAAAAAAGCCAAAACUAUUUAGUACUAAGCAAAUAAUAAAUCAUCUUAUAUUGUAUCUGUAUAUUAUUUUUUCGUUAUUUACCCACUACAACAAUGCGCACUACCCACAAAGGUAAUUUCGAUGUAUGGUAGUGAACACUAUAAACUAUAACAGAAAGUAAAAUGCAUAUGUAAACAAAAAGAACAGAGAGAGAUAUUUAAUUUUAGCAAAUGUAAAAGACAAGUCCUGCAUACAAGCAAACAACAACAACUUAGCUGAUGCUGCAGUACAUACUCGUAUUAUGAGAUAUGGCAGCCAUAGUCGUUGUUUUGCUUUGCUUAAUACUUAUAUAUGUAUGUAUGUUUGUAUGCACAUGUGUUUGUGCUUUUUAUUAUGAUUUUUGUAUGUGUGUACUAAGUAAAUAUUUUCUUCACUAUAUUUUCUUAUUUUAAAAAUUUAAAAAGUUUAGUUUAAAUAUCUGUGGACUUUUGACAUAAUAACUUAUGUGAUUUUAAUAGGUUUUGCUUUAAGGUCUAUAAAUUCUGAUUUGUAAUAGUAAAAUUUUGUAUUUUAUUUAACCUUUAUUAAGAUUGUGUUACUGAAGCUACGGCUAUAAAUGAUUAAUUGAUUAAAUAUUUCGAGAAAAACGAGCAAUAUUUGGUGCCUGACAGAAAAAAGUGCUAAGCCGACUUAAGUUCUUUUAUCAAACGUGCACAGGUAUAUAUCAUAAUGUAAACUAAUAUUUGUAAUUUUCAUUGGCAUAUUCGCAAUAUUUAUUUAUGUUUGUAACUUGUAUACCUAUAUUCAUACACUUUCUUUAUUAUUUUUGUGAAUUUGAUUGCUAGUUCUUAAAUAAAUUUUAUACUAUAUACAUAACAUUGGAUGUGUAAAUUUUUAAAAUGAUACGGCAACACAUGACAGAAUUUCGCCUGCAUUAUUCAAUGCAAGAAUAAGAUGAGAUACUAUAAAAAACGAUAAGUAAGCUGAAACACUUACAGUUAAUAUUCCAUACUUUGGUGUUUGUGCAUUACUCUCAAUAGAUUUUAAAUCACGUUAAUCCCAUUAGUGAAUCACUAUAUAAGUUUAAUAAAUGUUACUCAUGCAAUAGCAAAGCAAAGCUCAUUUGCUGUAUAAUAAUAUUAACUGUUGGUGUAAGCCAUGCAAUAAAUUGUAGGCAGUGCAAUAAACUGUAUAUAUGUAUGCGCAUGUGUGUAUGCAGGUGUAAGUACAGUUCUCCUCACCGAUUCUGGAUUCUGAAAUGUAUAGGCAGCCUUAACGAAGUUAUCGAUGUGCUUUUAUUUUUGGAAAAUGUUAAAUUAGUAAAAUUCAUAAAAAACAAUAUGCGCAUAAUAAUCAAAUUCAAAACCUAGAUCAAUAUUGAAACUGUGUAUUUGUAUGUCAAUGUUUGCAAUGAUUUCAUGACUCUCGGAUAGAAAGCAAGAUACAUUCGAAGAACGCAUUAGCACAGGCGUUAAAUUUGUAAUGAUAGAGUAACUUGUCAUGCAAAUGCGUCGAGGAUGGCUGAUCUUUGGAAAUAAUUCGUGAAGGAGUUUAUUCAUAUAUACAUACAUACAUAUAUACAAAUAUGGAGGACAAAUAGAAAAGCAAUUUUCUUUAAAAUGUCGUCAAAUCCAAUUGCGUCACUUAUUUUCGUAUUAAAACAAUUAAUAAAAAAGGCAUAUCAUGAAAUUUAUCUGUCGUGUGGUUAACAGCUGCAUUUACAAAUGUGUGUGGUUGGUUUUGCGUCCAAAUAUCAAAAUUUAUAUAGUGAGCAAGAAAAAACGAUGUUGGGUUUUUCUACACUACGACUCUACUUAACGCUAUACUAAAUAUAAACAAACUUAUUUGAUAAAUUAAUUUUCGAAAUUAUGCACACCAUACGUACACGCAUUUGAAAUUAAAUACACAUUUUUUUGAUAAUUUAAAUAAAAUACCUACUCAUUCCGGCCUUUGUAACAUUCGGAAGUGCACAGGCUCGAAUAUCCGUGCUUGAAAAACCAAAUAACAAAAAAAGUUGUCUAAUAGCGGUCACCCCUCGGCGGGCAAUGACAAACCUCCUAGUGUAUUUCUGCCAUGAAAAAGCUCCUCAGAAAAAUAAAAACACCUGCCGUUCGGAGUCGGCUUAAAAUUGUAGAUCCCUCCGAUUGUGGAACAACAUCAAGACGCACAUUACAAAUUGGAGGAGGAGCUCGACCAAACACCCAAAAAGGUUGUAAACGCCAAUAUAGCUAAUCACUCCUCUUAGUAAUAUAUUCGUCCAAACUUCGUCCGUAAUUGCUAUCAAUCCUUAAUGCCCACAGAAACCACAAGAACAAGAUUUUUAUAUUUGGAUUUUUGAAAUUUUAUCUAAGCAAUUUGCCACCUAGAGUUAUCAAUUAACGUUUUCAUAAAAAAAAUUUGUCAAAGAAAAUAUUUGAGGUAAUGCAUAUAAAACAAGUGAUUACCAAACACCACACACGCCUUAUGUACAAGUAUAUUUGUACAUAUAUUAUAUUAUAUUAUAUUGUAACUACGGUUUAUAUCAGCUUAAAACACCAGUAAUUGAAAAUCUCAUUUUUGUAUGGAAAAUGCAACAGAACUUUUAAGAAUGAAACAAAAAUGGAUUAUACUAGCAAAACAAACAAUUAAAAACAAUUUACAUAUAAAUAGUUAAAAAAAAACAAAAAAAAAUCGGUGGGCUAGAAUAUAAAACAUCUGUAUAUUAUAACUAAAUAUCGGAAUUUUUAAAUCUACACAUAUAUUUUAAUAAUAAGUUAAGUAUCUAAGCAAAUGAUGGUUGCAAAUAUUUUGAGUAAAUCAAUAUGAAUAAAAUACUAUGAUAACGUGAACAA